ACCUAUUACUGCAUGCUUGUAUGCUGCAACAUGGCGACUGUCAGCAGUCCGCGCUCACAGAGCUUUUGCGGCCUCUGAUGGCACCGACAGUCUUGCCUUGCACUUUGCUCUCCAGGCUGCGCUGCUCUACGUAAAAGUUUGUCAUUUGCGCUGAGAACGUGUUGGUGCUCGGGCCCAGACCGGUCACGUUUGCAGGGCGGAGUCCCCCUCAGGUCGGGCCCCUUCCCCGUCGCAUGCAAAGCUACGCGGGUAGCCGGACCGGUGCAUGGAGCCAACUAGCAAAGUGCUUCAGAUAGCUUGAAGUUGCUUUCGAGGUGCUACGAGCGUAAGCGAGCUUUGACAGACGGCGGUUCGGCCUGAUGGCAGCAGCCAAGCGUGGAGCGUGCAUCGUAAGGCAAAGCCUCGGCCUGAACGUGGACGUGGCGGAGCUGACGAUGCUGGGCUACAACUACCGCUGCGGCGCUAAUUUGGAGCCGGACAUCCUGGUCACCUUCCAGGGACGCCCUCACGCCUUCCUGCUGCUGGACGAGCGGCGAAGCGGCGGUGCUAAGCCCAGCGUCGCAGAGAGGGCACUGCAGCUGCAUAACAGCUUUAAGCAGUCCGUCUUCUUGGCCGCUCCCGCAAGCUAUGGUCACGCCUUCACAUCCCAUCACAGUUCACAGUUGCCUGCUUUGACGGUGGUGACCUUCACCGACGCGGACGACGCCGUCGCGGCCAUUGUGAGAUUCGUGGACCAGCUCAACAGCGGCUGCAGCGGCCUGGGCGGGCGCCUGGAAGCGGCGGACAUCGAGGCCCAGCGCCAGGCGGUGGCGGUGGAGGACCUCAGCCUGGAGUCGACGCUGCUUGCCAGCGCUGCGAUGGACGGGAGCAGAGAUACUGUAGGCAGCGCAUGAGCACUUGGGGCCAAGCACCAUCGAAAUCAACAAAUUGCAAGGGGUUUAGCGCGCUUGUCCAGGAGGAGAGUUCGGUUUGGAGUGGUAUGGCAUUGUCGGGGCCACGGUGGUGACGUAGCGGGUGGCACG